CGAAGAAGAAAACGUAUGCGGAAGUGAGGUAAAUAUACUCGGACCUUGGCAGUAGUAUGGAGAGCCCGGAGCUGUCGUUUACUCUGGCUUACGUCGUCCUCUCCUUCUGUUUCGUGUUCACGCCCAAUGAGUUCCGCUCGGCCGGCCUCACCAUCCAGAACCUGUUCUCGUCGUGGCUGGGCAGCGAGGACGUGGGCUUCAUCCAGUAUCACAUCAGAAGGACCAGCAUCACCAUCGUGGUCCACUCCGCGCUGCCUUUAGGUUACUACAUGGGAAUGUGUGUCGCUGCUCCAGAAAAAAACCUGGUUAACAUUUACCAGGUUAGUGACAACUGGAGAGCGUUUCUCCUUCUGUCUCUCUGCCUCCAGUCGGUCAGCUGGAUAAUUGUCUUCUACUGGUCCCGGCGUCGCUGGCACAAUCAUCCAAUCAGUAAGGUGCUGCAGGCCCAUGUGCAGCCCCCUUUCUCCAGCUGGGGCUCUGUGGCAGUCAGCAUCAACACUGAGUUCAGACACAUAGAUAAGUUUGCUACAGGAGCACCGGGAGCUCGAGUCAUCGUCACUGACACCUGGGUGUUAAAGGUGACCACGUAUCACAUUUACAUGGCCCUGCAGAGCGAUUGCCACGUCACAGUGACAGAGUCCACACAGCACCACCUGAGUCCGGAUUCAGCCUCACCCACAGAGAUCCUGACCCUGAGAGUUGACAGCAUUAACCCUGCUGUCACACCAUUCAAUAUCAAGCUCAACUCUACGGAGUACGCAGAGCUCCGGGAGAAGCUCCGGGCUCCCAUCAGAAACUCUCCUAAUGUGGUGAUCCAUCGAACGCUCAGUGAACUCUUUUUGGAAACGUUCAAGGCUCAGGUGGACCUCAAUCAGCCGUACGCUCUCCCCCACGGACAGGAGUUAGAGCCCUGUAUCGGCUGCAUGCAGGUUCCAGCAAACGCCAAACUGGUCACGCUUUGCCACGAAGCAGAGACCGAUGAUGACGAUUCAGACUGCCAGCAGUGUCACUGCAGACCCAUGUGGUGUCUGUUGUGUCUGGGUCGAUGGUUCGCCAGCCGUCUAGACGAGCAGACACCGGAGACGUGGUUGUCCAGCAGGGUUCCCUGCCCUACUUGUAGAGCCAAGUUCUGUAUUCUGGAUGUGUGCGCAGUCCGAUGACGGACACACGUCUCCCCCCACACUGACUUUUAAUGUUUCCAAUGUUGACCAAGGGUUUCUGCUCAACAUCCUCCAACCAGAGCGGCACCUGGACUGGAUGUGGUCGUGUUCUAUUUCUGCUUUUAUGGAAACAAAAUAAAAACAAUUCUAUGAGGAA